UAAUAUAUUUGACAUCUGGCAUCGCUGCCUGACGGUAGUGACGGUUGACAGUGUGAUUGACAAAUAGAGUCGUAGACAUUUUUAGGUUUAGAGCUUAGAGCACAUAGAUAAAUAAAUAAUAAAUAAAAAGAGAGUAAACAAAAAAUACAAAGUAUUGAGUUUUUAAUGUUGUUUGAUAACAUAUCAAUUUGUUGAAUUAAUUUUAAUUCAAAGCAAGUAUGGAGUCCCAAGAUGUAAUUUUAGCCAAGCUUGUCUUAGGUUAUCUGAAGUCCGAAAAUUGUAAAGCUGCAUAUAGAGAAUUUCUUAGGACUUCGUCCUGCCUUCAACAGUUGGACACUUCACACAAUAAAUAUUUUGCUACCAGGUUUCUUGGGUUAACACUGGAAGAUAUAUUAACUGAAUAUUCAGACUUAUCCCAGAUUAUUCAAGGAAGGUUAGAGGCUACAAAUUAUUACAAUGAAGAUCAUCCAAAGGAAUCUCUUGUAGACCAACUGUUAUAUUUACUGAACAAAGUUCCUGCUAGUCGUCCUUCUACUCCUGGCAAUAGUACACCUCAAGGUUCAUACAGAGAUGGUGGAAGCCCAUCUCAUAGUGAUUUGGAUGCAACCCGUGCAGACACUUUACCUGGUAAUACACAUAAUAAAAAAUCUUGCAGUCCAAGACACAGAGGUUUUAACAGGUCUGUUAAAAAAGGCCCAACUACUUCUUCACCCAUUGAGAAACAAAAUAGGUCAGAUGUAUUCAACACAGAGAUCUUAGCAGAAAAUUUAUUGAUUAACAGAGAAUUCCAUGAAAAGAUUGCACAAACUAUUAAUAAAGUAGUAGAAAGGCAGUUUGAUACAACAGUACAAGAAGUUAUGCAAGAAACUGAACAGGAUCCUAUUUUUGACAAAAUAUUAGAUGAAAUAAUUGGAUCAUCAAAUAAUUUGAUGGAAUUAUCAAAGGGUUCUGAAUCAAAUAACACUAUAACAAGUACAACCAAUAUUUCACAAGAAAAUAAAAAAGAUAGAAAUGAUUAUGUUGAACAUAAUAAGGAAAAACAAAACAAUGAUAGUAUCAAGUCAAAUAUUGAUUUACAAAAUGCGUCCUUUAAAUGUCCACACCAAAAGUCUGAGAGCAGCCAACAGCUUACAAAUUUGGAUAGCUAUAUUCUCACAAAUCAGUGCAGUGUUGCAACCAAUGCUUGCAUCCAAAACCCAGUAUAUAUCAAUACAGUGACUGGUUUGUUAAUACCGCCCCUGACAACUGUUGUUUUAAAUAAAAGCCAACCUUCUCCAAUUUCAACAGCCAUUUUGUCUGAGCAGGAUAUUAUGAAAAUGCCAAUUAUUUUGAAAGAUGAUUCCAAAAAUACUACAAUUAAAAAGAAAGGUACUAAAUCAACAUCGGUUAAAACUAUUUUACCCAAACCAAAGAUAGAACUAGCUGCUGAUGCACCUAAGGAACUUAAGGAUUAUUUUAAAAACUAUAGACCCGAAGAGCACACUGAAUCUCCUUCAACCUCAAAACCAACUGGUCUAAAACACGUUAUUUAUCCUAAAACUUCAAAAAAAUCUGCUAAUCCUGUAAAAAAAUCUGCCAGUAAUUUGGAUUCAAAUAAAUCCAACAAAAAUAACUUGCCUAUUAUUAGUGUAGAUCCAAUUGAAGAUGACGAUGAAGAGGAUGAAGUUAUUGAGAUCUUAGAUUCUGAAACUAAAAAUAAAACUCCUUUGUCUUCAGAUCCAGUUAAAAAAACGACUCCAAAAAGUGGAUCUCAUGUUCGCAAUCUCGAUUUUUCAACACCUCUUAAAUUAAACGUACCCAAACGGAAAUCAGAUCCUACUAAAAACUCAGAACCGGCCAGCGAACAAAAGAAAGCAACCAAAACACUUUUCAAACAAAGCCAAUCAAAAAUUUGGGAUUCUGAUCUUAGAAUACUUCUUCAUAGUGGUGAAAACGCGUCACCAAAAAAAUCAGCGCCUACAAAAAAAUCUAAGAAAAAAACGAAGAAAAAUCUUAACACUACUGAGCAAGAAGGUUUGCUUUUAGAAGCUGCAAUAAAGACCCCAGUUAAAAAUGAUACUGAUCAGACAGCCACUACUUCUGAACAAAUUGAGGAAUCUGAAGUUAUCCCUCCUAAUAAUACACAAUCUACACAAACAAACAAAAUUAUCUCACCAUUCAAAUUAAAUGUCAGUAAAAACAAUAUAGAAACCAAAAGUGAGGAAAUUGUAUCAAAAUUCAUUACUCCUGACAUGGCUAAAGAAACUACAGCUUUGCCAAUAAAGGCAAACAGGAAUAUAACUCCCAUGUUAGAAACUCCAUUUAAAUAUCAACAUCUCCCAAAAACUCCAGGCAUAGCAACUCCCAUGGGUUUUAAUGAUGACGGUACACCCUUCACUAAAAUGAUGUUAGAUGCCAAUUUAAAAGACAUGGAUAUAAGUUCCAUAGAAACUCCUAGCUUGCUAAACACACCAGGUUUCCCACCCAAUACUCCGGGUUUGGAUUUAAUAUCACCUUAUGCAAAUAGACCCACUGAUUAUUCCACCAGUAGUUCUUACUACCAGCCAUCUGACAAUGAACAAAAUAAAAUUCUCGAAGCUCAAGUUCGCGAAGUAGAAAAGGCUUCUGCUUCAAUUAAUGUAGUUAGUGAAGUACUAAAAGUUACUGAUCAUGUAAAUAUUUUCAAUAAAAAUAUUAUUGGAAAGAAAAAUUUAAGUUUAAUCAAAAAAGAUUUACCGGAUUAUGAACAAUCUGAAAAUUCUUACAGUUCAGAAGAAGAAAAAGAUCUUUCCAUGGAAUGGUGUGAAAAAGAAAGCAAUGAUACCAUAAUAUUUAAAAAGAAAACAGAAACUCCUAAAAGAACAUAUUCUUUAAGAACCAGGAGUAAAAAAAAUAAUUCUCCUAUGAAGAAAACCUCAAAUACCAAAAAAAUCAUUAAGAGGCCUGCCAAAGUAGCAAAAAAAGAGCUUAAAAACCCUGAAUCACGAGGUAAGAAAUUGCCAAACUCAAAUCCAGCCGACAUUACGGGUGAUAUUAAAAGUAUUAUUUCUCAAGCAAAUGAAAAGUCUGAUAUGUUGUCACCAGAAGAACCAUCAAUGACAGCUGCAACUCCCUCGCAAUUUUCUAUGUUAAAGGAUUUAGAAAGCAAACGACUUCGUACCAUAGAUUCAUUUAAAACAACUGAACCAUCAUCAAAACCUAAAAAACAAGUAAAUGGAAAAUUUAAAAUAAAACCCAUACCACAAGUGUUUACCACCAAAACAGGCAAAAAAGCUGAAUCUCCUAGGAAAAGAAAAAGAAACAAAGAAAUGUUAAGAACUGUAAUGAACGACUUGAUAACUAGUGAUGAUUCUGAAGUACAUAUUGAAAGUGAUGAUGAUGAAGAAGAAGAGAAAUUAAAAACCGAUAUAAGCACAGAUAAAGUUGAUAAACAAUCAUCAGAUGUUGAAGCUCAAAACUUGAUUGACGGUUUAAAAGAAAGGGGAAUUCAUUUAAUGCAAAAUAAAAGUCCUAAAAAGUCCAUAGACAAUAGAGACAUUAUAAACACUAGUGAUUUACAGUUAGAAACUCUAGACAGAGAUAUAUUUGAUAAUAAAAGCUCAGAAGGGGAACACAUUAGUAUUAUUUAUGAUGAAAAUAAAAAAGGUACAACUUUAAAAAGGGCGCAGGAAAUGGAAACGACGGAAUAUAUAGGAAAACUUUACCUAGAAUCUAUCGAUAAAGAAAUUGAUAUCCAUUUAAAACAAACUGAUUUCAUAACAUUAAUUGACAUAAAAUCUGCUGAAAAGGGAUCAGAAAAUACGAAAGAUCAUUUGAAAGAUACUGAAUUUAAGUUAGAAAAACAAAUAAAAAAGAAAUCUGAAAAUAAAGUACUUAAUUCAAAAGAGCAAUUGACUGAAAAACAAGAGGAAAUUAGUCCGAAGAUUAAUACUAUAGAAAUCCAAAAAUCUGCAAGUAUUUUGUCUUGUCAUUCUAGUAAGGAAGACGAAGAUUUAAUGAAUUUUGCAAUAACUGGCAAAGAUAAAAUAGAAGAAACUGCAUCACCGAAAAGCUCAAAAAAACGAAGGUUGUCUGAUGAUUCUGAAUCUGAAAAUUCUCGAACAAAGAUGUUGAAAACUCUAGAUGUGGAUUCUUUCCUUAACAAAAUUCACCAAAAAAAUUUUAGACCGAAAAAAUAAGUGUACAAUGGCCUUGUCAAAUUAGUAAAUAAGAGUAAAGACUUGUUUUUUUACUUAUUUUGAAUGAUAGUUUUAUUUUACUGUACAGUGUACAGCAUUUUUAUUAUAUAUUUUUUACUUGUUUGAAAUAUACAAGAAAAG